GUCGCGAGGUCUCGUGACUGGGCAGCGGUCGCGCCAUGGAGGAGCUCCGGGCGUGGCGGGGCCGCAUCGGGGCCGAGCUGGACGCGGUUGUGGCGUUCUGGGAGCGGCACUCGCACGACCCCGAGCACGGGGGACACCCAGGACCCCCAAGUGCCCCCGGGACCCCCAAAUCCCCCCCAAAUUUCCCCCCCAGGGGUUUCUUCUCCUGCCUGAGCCGUGACGGUUCCGUCUACGACGACACCAAAUUCGUGUGGCUGCAGGGCCGCCAGAUCUGGGUCUAUUCCCGCCUGUACCGCACCGUGCCCCGGUUCCGCCGGCCCGAGCUGCUCGAGGCGGCACGGAAAGCCGGGGAGUUCCUGGAGAGCCACGUGCGGCCGGAGCCCGGCUCGAGCCGCGCCGCCUUCGCGCUGAGCCGGGACGGGCGCCCGGUGCGGCUCCAGCGCAGCUUCUACAGCGAAGCGUUCUGCGCGCUGGGGCUGGACGAGCUGGGCCGGGCGGCGGGCGAGGAGCGCUACCGGCGGGGGGACACGGUGGUGCUGGAGAACGUCAGCCCCGAGGGGGAGGAGCUGCCAGGGAGCCUGGGGCGCCUGAUGAACCCCGGGCACGCCCUGGAGGCCGCCUGGCUGCUGCUGCAGUUCUGCCACCGCCGGGGGGACGCGGCCCUGGGGGCUCGGGUGGUGCCAGCGCUGCUCCAGGGACCCCUGAAAUGGGGCUGGGACCCCCAGCACGGGGGGCUCUUCUCCUUCCUGGACGCCGACGGCCACUGCCCCACCCAGCUGGAGUGGUCCAUGAAGCUGUGGUGGCCCCACGCCGAGGCCAUGGUCGCCCUCCUGGCCGCCCAGCGCUUCCAGCCCCAGCCCAGUUUGGUCUCCCAGUUCCUGCAGGUGGCCCAGUACACCUUCGACAAGUUCCGUGACCCCGAGCACGGGGAGUGGUUCGGGUACCUGAACCGCGACGGCUCCGUGGCGCUUUCCAUCAAGGGGGGGCCCUACAAAGGCUGUUUCCAUGUGGCGAGGGCGCUGCUGAUGUGUGAGGAGAUGCUGGACGCCAUCUUGGAAGGGGAGGAGCCUCCGCAAUAAAUUUAAAAUUUAGGAGCGCCUAAAUAAAUGUGGAGACCCCCAAAAUAAUCGGGAUUUACCCUGAAUUUAGCUGAGACCCCUCCCCAAUAAUCGCCAUAAAAGUGGAGAGUGAAAAAGGUCAAAUAAAGGGAAAAAUAUGCAAUGAA